AUGGCCACGCAGGGCGACGCCAGCUCUGCCGACUCAAGCAAGAAGGAGCAGCAGCAGCACGACAACGACCAACAGCAGAAGGAGCAGAAGGAGAAGCAAGACGAUGAGCGAAAAGAAGAGGAACAGAAGAAGGAGGACUGGGAGAAGUCGCGAGGUGGUGGAUACAAGCAGGAGGUGAACACGUUCCAGAAGCUGCUGGCGGUGGGCAUACCGGUGACGGCGAUCGUGCUCGGCGUGAAGGUGCUGCUGGACAUGCAGGCCACCGGCGCGGAGGACGACACGCUGCAGGUGGACAUGAACGUCAUCAUGGGCCACGUCUUCCAGAACACCGUCUACAACGUGCUCGACUCGAAGAGGCUCGUCGGCCUGCUGGGCGAUCCGCUGCUCGUCGAGCCCAGCAAGGCCAAGUUCAGCUUCACCAAGGACUCGGCCUGGGUCUGCUACCCGCUCUACGCGCCGCAGGGCCACGUGUGCACGGUCACGGUCGAUCUGCUGCGCAUCGAUCCCAAGGGCAAGGACGUGAAGACCAAGAAGCCCCACAUGUGGUACGUGGCGCAGGUCGAGGUCGACCUCAACAACGGCAAGAAGGUGCUCAUGAGCACCCGCAUGUCCGACGGCCUCAGGCAGCCCUUCAACGUGCUCACCCUCUUCGCCAAGCUCUACCACGACCUCAAGAAGCAGGAGCAGGAGUUCCUUCAACAGCAGGCCGCCGCGGCCCUCAACCAAGGCCCUGCGCCGCACUGGGACAGGCGGCAAGGGAAAGGGCAGGGGGAAAGGCAAGGGAAAGGGGAAGGGAAGGGGAAGGGAGAAGAAGAGCCCCACAAGGAGGACGGAGCGGCUGCUGUUGCUGUCGCCCCCAAUGUAGCGGCUGCCGCUGGCGAGGAGGAGGAAUCCGAGCAGGCCGUAGUGUCAGUGUCCACCCCCGUCGAGAAGCCUGACAAGGAGUUCAGAUUCUGGAAGACCCAACCCGUCGCCCAGUUCGACAAGCCAUUGGAGGGCGACAAUGAGGCGUUCGAGCCCAAUAAGCCAGUGGAUCAGGUGCAGCAGGAGCCCUUCAAGCUCAACGACCUCUUCGAAUGGAGCGACGUCAACAUCGAGGUGCCCGACGAGCUGGACGAGCUCUACAACCUCCUCUACGAGAACUACGUCGAGGAUGAUGACAACAUGUUCCGCUUCGACUACUCCAAGGACUUCCUCCUCUGGGCCUUGAAGCCGCCCGGGUGGAGGGGCGAGUGGCACGCCGGCGUGCGGGUCAAGACGAGCAAGAAGAUGGUGGCCUUCAUCUCCGCCAUUCCCGCCCUUAUCAGCGUUCGCGGAAAGCAGCUGAAGAUGGUGGAGAUCAACUUCCUCUGCGUCCACAAGAAGCUGCGCGACAAGCGCCUGGCCCCGCUGCUCAUCAAGGAGAUCACCCGACGGGUCAAUCUCACCGGCAUCUUCCAGGCCGUCUACACGGCGGGCACGGUGCUGCCCACGCCGGUGGCCAAGUGCCGCUACUGGCACCGAAACCUCAACCCCAAGAAGCUCGUCAACGUCGGCUUUUCGCACCUGACCCGAAGGAUGACCCUGCCUCGCGCGGUCAAGCUCUACAAACUGCCCGCGGCGCCGCUCACGCCCGGCAUCAGGCCCAUGGAGCAGAAGGACGUCAAACAGGUGGCUGCGCUGAUCAAGUCCUAUCUCGUGCGCUUCGGCCUGGCUCCCGUCUUCUCGAAGACCGAGGUGGCCCACUGGUUCCUCCCCAGAACCGAUGUGAUCGUGUCGUACGUGGUGGAGGACAAGGCCACCGGCAAGAUCACCGACUUCCUGAGCUUCUACUCGCUGCCCUCGACCAUCAUCGGCAACCCCACCUACAAGACCCUUCGCGCCGCGUACUCGUAUUACAACGUGGCCGGCAAGACUCCGCUCAAGAACCUCAUGCAGGACGCGCUCAUCUUGGCCAGCUCGCUGGGCUACGACGUCUACAACUGCCUGGACCUGAUGGACAACGAGUCGAUCCUGCAGGACCUCAAGUUCGGUCCCGGCGACGGCAACCUGCACUACUACCUCUACAACUGGAAGGCCAACACCAUGCCCGCCAAGGACGUCGCCCUCGUCCUCAUGUAA